AUGGAAGUAGAGAACCAGACACGGGUCACCAGGUUCAUCCUGGUGGGCUUCCCCGGGACCUGGGCCAUGCGUGCUGUGGUGUUCUUGGUGUUCCUCAUGGCCUACGUCCUGACUGUGGCUGAAAACGUGGUCAUCAUCCUGCUGGUGCAGCAGAAUCGGCCACUGCACAAGCCUAUGUAUUUCUUCCUGGCCAACCUGUCCUUCCUGGAGACCUGGUACAUCUCCGUGACUGUGCCCAAGCUUCUGGUCAGCUUCUGGUCUGUGAGUAACAGCAUCCCCUUCACCCACUGCAUGAUCCAGCUCUACUUCUUCAUUGCACUCAUGUGCACAGAGUGUGUGCUCCUGGCUGCCAUGGCCUAUGACCGCUAUGUGGCCAUCUGCCGCCCACUCCACUACCCCACUGUGAUGAGCCAUGGGCUCUGUGCCUGCUUAGCUCUUGGCUCCUGGGCCAUUGGCUUUGGCAUCUCCCUGGCAAAGAUCUGCUUCAUUUCCCACCUUAGCUUCUGUGGUCCCAAUGUCAUCAACCACUUCUUCUGUGACAUCUCUCCUGUGCUCAACCUCUCCUGCACAGACAUGUCCACGGCUGAGCUAGUGGACUUCAUCCUGGCCCUGAUUAUCUUUCUCUUCCCACUUGCGAUCACUGUCUUGUCCUACGGGUGUAUUCUGGCCACUGUUCUACGCAUGCCCACGGGGAAGCAGAAGGCCUUUUCCACGUGUACCUCCCACCUUGUGGUGGUCACCAUCUUCUACUCAGCCACAAUCUUCAUGUAUGCCAGGCCCCGAGCCAUCCACGCCUUCAACGUGAACAAGGUCAUUUCCAUCUUCUAUACCAUUGUCACCCCUGCACUCAACCCUUUCAUUUACUGCCUGAGGAACCGGGAGGGCAAGGAGGCCCUGAGGAAGCUGGUCUACUGCCAGGCUGCCCGCUCCGACUAG